AUGGAGAACGGAAGUGCAACUCAAGGCGAGGGCAGAGAUCCCUCGGGGUUCCUGAGCGAGAUCAUUGGUAGCUCCGUCACUGUGAAACUGAAUAGUGGCGUGGUUUACAAAGGCACGGUGAACUGUUCUGGAACUUGCUAGUUUUACAAAUGCUAAUACUGAGAUUGCAGGCGAGCUUCAAUCCGUGGAUGGUUACAUGAAUAUUGCCUUGGAGAAGACGGAGGAACAUGUCAAUGGCGUAAAGAAGAGAAGCUAUGGAGAUGCAUUCGUUCGCGGAAACAAUGGUGAGAUAUACUUGAGAACCCAUGACCCUAGAGGUAAUGCUAAUAUCCGUUCUUGCAGUAAUGUACAUCUCUGCAGAUUAA